AUGUCGACCAACGCUCGAGUCAAGCCCGGCCAGCUCUGGAACAAGGGCCGCGAUGAUCUGAAGAAGCAACUCGACGAGCUCAAGACCGAGCUGGGUCAGCUCCGUGUCCAGAAGAUUGCCGGCGGUGCCUCUUCAAAACUCACCAGAAUACACGAUCUCCGAAAGUCGAUCGCUCGAGUCCUGACCGUCAUCAACGCCAACCAAAGACACCAACUGCGCCUGUUCUACCAGAAGAAGAAGUACCUCCCUCUCGACCUCCGACCCAAGCAGACUCGCGCCAUCCGCCGACGACUGAGCAAGAAGGACGCCAGCAGAAUCACCGAGAAGCAGAAGAAGAAGCAGAUUCACUUCCCCCAGAGAAAGUACGCCAUCAAGGCCGAGGCGUGA